UUUGGCUGGUGAAUACAAGGCGGGAAGGCGUUAUGGCGGACCCAGCGUGGGGCUCGACAUCGUCCCUGUCCGACGAGGAGACGGCACGUGCGCUGUGCGCCUUCCACCACACGGAGCCGCUGCCGACUCAGCGCCGUCGGCCGCUCCAGCAGCAGCAGAAGAAGCAGAAGCAACCGACCGCGCCUCUGUAUCAACCACGCAAUAACCACGACGGGAAGCAGUCGCAAUUUGCACCGAACGAUCGAGUCUCCAACGGCUUCUCCACCUUUGGAUAUCCCGUUCCUACCAGGUUCCACUUGGUGCCCAUGUCCGCUCAGCGCAGUGAGGCGACAUCAAUGCUAGUUGGGAUGCCCUCAACAUCGAGUGACGACUGGCACCGACAACAGCAGCGGGCAAUUCAGGAGCAGAUCGAGCAGCAACAGCGUGAACUACAGGCACAGUUGUAUCAUCAACAGCAGAGAGAGAUGCAGAUGGAAGUGCAGAGGAUGCAGGCUCAGAUCCAGCAGCAGGAGCACGCUCAAAGGUAUCAAAUGCAGAUCCAAAGGCACGUGGAGAACACACAACAACCCAGUUAUUCAUCAGGCGUCAGUGGAUUCGAACAGCUGAGGUGGACUAAUGAGGUGCAAACGUCCCAGGCGACGAGAACUGCGUCUAAUUUUCACGAUGGCCGGAGGCGGGAGGGCACUGGAGUGCAGAGGCAGCAAAGUGGCCAGCCUUACGAUGGGAGAUUUGGUCAAUUAUCAGCCAGACCAACGACAGCGUCAGUGUCGAUGCCUUCAUUUAUGCCUAGUUACAAUGACAGGUUACAAACAGGGACGCCGAUGAGCAGAAGCCAAGAUACGUUCGCUUCACAACAGGCUCCACAGCCAGCGCAGUCGCAUUUGCAGGCUCGAAAUCCUGAAAUCUUUUCGGUAAGUGGACAUGAAUGGGGAAGACACGACCCAACGUUGUUUGGUGGAGCUCAGACGGAUAGAAUACCGACGUUCCAGAUGCAGAGAAGCCAACAAUUCGUGCCACUGCAGCCCGAACCGUAUGAAAUACCCAAUCGUAUUCGUCAAGAGUCAGGCCCCAUGCUGAGCUCAAACAACUCCCGCCCCGAUGAAUUUGCCUUGGAUAGUAUCAUGAAGCACUUCCAGACGAAUGCUGGGCCUUCACCUGGUGCUUCUGCUACCUCUACCGGUGCUACUUACGACCCGAAUGCUGGACAUACUGCAAAUCGCAAUAUUAAGCCCGUAUUCAACCCGACGAUGUCUCAAACUCGAACCCAAACUUCGAAAGGGAUACAGACGCAGGGCCAGCUCAACUCACAGUCGAAGGUACCAGUUCCACCCACUGGAGCCGCGGUAGUCCCAGGUAUUGCUCUGGCGCCACAAUCUAUGCGUCUCUUAACUAUGCGAGAUCUCCUCAAUGGAGACGAUGGAUCUAUUAGGAUGGAUUCGUCGAGGAAUCGACCAAGAAUAAGCAGACAAAAGCGAACCCCUACAAACCGCAAGCUCCCCAGGAAAAAUACGGCAGCCAAGCGCCAGAGGACGCCGCAGCAGCAAAAUGAGCGAAAGUUUCAGCCACCACCAACCAACAAGCGUGCAGAAGCCAAGCAAUCGAGACAAGCUGCAAGUCCAGCACCCGUUGGGACGUCUGGACCGGCCACCAAGUUGCCCACUCCGAUGUAUCUAGCAUUUAUGGAAUCGCGAGCUGCUCGGGCAUUAGAACAAACGGUCAGCAAUACGAAUUUUACAAGAACAGCUUCGUCACUACCUCCAGAAUCGCAGCAACUAUCUCCUGCCUCCCGAUCAGCAACCAGUUCUGUCAGUCAAGGCAGUGAUCAGGCUGUUGCUUCUACCUCUGCAGGAGUAGAUUCAGUCAAAAGGAAGAAAGUGGAUGAUGGACCUCCAGGAAUAUACCAUCCCUCCAGCCUGUACCAGCAUCAUCAUCUACCGAGCGCCAGUGCGUCACUGCAGGCUGCAGCACAUAAAGAAUCGCCUGAUCCACCACAGCCAAAUGCCGUCGAAGCUUUUAAUAUGAAAAGUGAAUGCCAUGGGCUCGUUAAUGGCCAGGAUCGCCCGAGUGAUGGAGCGUGUAGUCGGCAACAAAAUCGUCCAAAGCUUUUCGUUCCUAAGAAGUUGGAGUGCAACGUUCAAGUGGGGGGUUGUGAGAACAGUAAGGCUGGUACGUCGUCAAGGAAGAGACCCAGAGCAAAGCUGCCUGUGGCAGGUUUGAAAUCAUCAAUUGGAAAUGGCUCUCAGCUACUAGCACCCAGCACACAGGUGUCGAAUGAGGCUGCUGCGACUGCAGAUACUUCGUCUGCGGUGAUGCAGACACCUGUUGCAUCUGCUGUACCGCGAUCGGAGAAUCGAACGGUUGUGAUUUUUUGUAAACGGGACUUCAUGCGCUAUCAAGCAGCUAAGAUUUGGCGCAAGUACCAAGAGCAGCUCAAGAAACACGAGGAAUGGCGUGAAGUUCGCGUAGCCGGUAAGCGUACGCGGUACCUCAGUUCUCGCUAUGAUGAAUUGCAAAGGACACACAAGAGGACCUACACGCGAUCAGGUAAACCGCGUAGAAAAGCACCACAGGCGGCUAAGGUGGGUCGCCGUCGCAAGGCAUUGAUAUCAGGAGACUCAGCUCCGGUGGGUUCUACAGUUUCGUCUUCGAUGUCGGUUGAUCAUGUGAUUGAUACAAGGGAACCUAGACAGACAGGUAACGAGGGGCUUGCUGAAGCUGGAGCCAAUUCAAAUCAUUCGAAAACUGUAGAUGCUGGUGUAGCUGACAACGACUGUCCCAUGACAGUACAAGACGCAUCCGAAGCGCAAGAGGAGCCGUCAACGAUUGAAGAAGAAACCAGAAGUAUAGUGGAGUCAAGUGUUUGCAAGGAUUCAGAUAAUGGUGUGGUUGCCGACUCGACCAAUCGAAUACUCGACGACACAGCGUCUGGUAUCGCUGCCAACGACGGUGCUGUUGCUGUGGCACCCCUUUGUGAUGAUUCGGAGGCUGCCUCGCUUCCUGCUAAAUCUCCUGGGAAUGUGGAUAGCUCGGUCUCCGAUGCACCAGAUGAGGGCGGUGCUGAAGCCGGCGGAGCAACACCCGUUAGUAAUAUCACUACUGCUGUGGCCAAAGCUUCUCUCAACGGAAGUGCUGAGCCUGGAUCGGUGUCCAAUGGCGCUAUCGAAGCCUCCGUCUCUGAUAUCAAUAUUGUCACCGUUGCAGCACCGUAUAAAGGUACAGUCGAAGUCAUCGGCGUGGCACCUGAUGAAUCCAUGGACAACACCGUCGCGAAGACAGCAUCUGUCGAGAGUGUCGCCACUAACACAACUUUCGAAAGGGAUCUGGAUACGGACGUGAAGAUGAGUGAAGACACGGAAGAGUAUUCAAGGAACGAUAAUGCUCGUGCCUGUGGAGAACGAAGUUCCCCGCUGCCGGUCGAGAAGGAUCUACCUACACUGCAGCAGAGUACAAGCACAAGCACUACCGAGGACAAUAACUCUUGUGCGGAUUCGAUUGUUCAGGAUGGGAUCCCUCCUGAACAGCAAUCGUGCCCAGCUCCAGCGACAUCAAAUGGCGACGGUGGUGUAAUGGAUACUAACUCGGACAAGCAAGCGUCUUCGGAUGGAAUGGCAUUAAAUACCGACGCGAUAAAGCCUGAGAAAUCUUUAAGAGAUAUUCAGUCUGCUGAUGAAACUCUUCCUGACAAGAUUACGGACACAGAACCAGCUAUGAUAACUCCCAAUGGUUUAGCAACUAUCGAGGCCAAGCAACACUGCACGGAGUCUACGCCUGUGCACAACGUACCAGAUAUGCCAGUAUGCACCGAUCCUAGCAACGGCGCCACAGCUAUAAGUAGUGACCAACAAUGAGAUGUUAAGUGGGAUGGGUUCAAUCGGCUUUGGAGUUGUGCUGAGUGGACGAACAACUUUGACCUGGUUCUUUCCGAGUCUCCUAUUGAUCUCGCUCGUCCUCGUUGUUAUUUGUGGCUUGAAAUCUCGUGGAACGCUGGAUCUUUGGCACCGUCCUACUUGCUGUUGAGAGCUUAGCACCAGUUGGAUGGGUCUUCUUCAAUGUGCUGGUUGUCUUAUCUCUAUCAGGUCGAGAAGUUCGACUGGCAAUGGAAACUGGUGUCUGUUGUUUCAACAGAUAGUCCAAGGUGACUCCGCGAGCUUUGAGAGCUUCUUCUAGGCGGUUCAGCUGCAAUUGAGCCUGUGCCAAGUCACGCUCCGCCUUCUCAGCUCGGACUUCAACGGCGUCGGCUGCAUCCUCCGCUAGCUGCCGUAGUCGUGUCUCCUGCUCUUGAGUCUCUCGUGCAGCGAUUUCAGCUUGCUCUGCUUCACGAGAAGCAGUCUCAGCUGCAAGCAGCUUCUCCUGCAACUCUUUCGUGGUGCUCUCCAACUCGGCCAGACGCUGUGCUUCGUGACGCAACUCGGUCUGAUGAUUGGUGUCGAUGUCACAAAGUUUGCGUUCGAGCUCUUCUAGUUUCACUUGCAAUUGCUCUUUCUCGUCUGCGAGCUCAACGAUCUGAGCGGCUUUCUCGGCCAAUUUCUGCUUGUUCGCUUCUUCCUCGCGCAAGAAUGCCUCGUCACGUUGCUCCAGU